ACUGUACUUCCCCCUGGUGCCACCAAGUUGUUACAUGAAAUCUGCAGUUUCAUAAUUUCCGCGGGUCGGGCCGGGCCGGCCGGGCGCGGGGCACGGCGAUGGCCACCACCGGGGCCCUAGGCAACUACUACGUGGACUCAUUCCUGCUGGGCGCCGAUGCCGCGGAUGAGCUGGGCGCGGGCCGCUACGCGCCGGGAGCCCUGGGCCAGCCCCCCCGUCAGGCCGCGGCGCUGGCGGAGCACCCCGAUUUCAGCCCGUGCAGCUUCCAGUCCAAGGCGGCGGUGUUUGGCGCCUCGUGGAACCCGGUGCACGCGGCGGGCGCCAAUGCGGUGCCCGCGGCAGUGUAUCACCACCAUCACCACCACCCCUACGUGCACCCCCAGGCGCCCGUGGCGGCGGCGGCGCCGGACGGCAGGUACAUGCGCUCCUGGCUGGAGCCCACGCCCGGCGCGCUCUCCUUCGCGGGCUUGCCCUCCAGCCGGCCUUAUGGCAUUAAACCUGAACCGCUGUCGGCCAGAAGGGGUGACUGUCCCACGCUUGACACUCACACUUUGUCCCUGACUGACUAUGCUUGUGGUUCUCCUCCAGUUGAUAGAGAAAAACAGCCCAGCGAAGGCGCCUUCUCCGAAAACAAUCCUGAGAAUGAGAGCGGCGGAGACAAGCCCCCCAUCGAUCCCAGUAACCCGGCUGCCAACUGGCUCCACGCUCGCUCCACGCGGAAGAAGCGCUGCCCCUAUACAAAACACCAAACGCUGGAACUGGAGAAAGAAUUUCUGUUCAACAUGUACCUCACCAGGGACCGCAGGUACGAGGUGGCACGACUGCUCAACCUCACCGAGAGGCAGGUCAAGAUCUGGUUCCAGAACCGCAGGAUGAAAAUGAAGAAAAUCAACAAGGACCGAGCAAAAGACGAGUGAUGUGACUCAAGUUAAUUUGAAAAGAGAGCGAGCUAGAGAGAGAGAACUGCCCGUCCCCUUCUCCUCCCCCCACCCCACCCCGGCCUCCACCACCCCGCAGAAAGCGGCUCUAAACUCCAGGCCUCAUCUCCCCCUGGCAAACCCUGCUCAGGCUGGUUCCUUGGCCUGCCGCUUUGAUGGAGGAGGUAUUGUAAGCUUUCCAUUUUCUACAAGACAGAAAAAAGGGGGGGGGGGCAUUAGCGCUGAUGGCUGUAUGUGCUAGCUUGUAUAUAUUUUUUAAAAAUCUACCUGUUCCUGACUUAAAACAAAUAAACAAACAAACAAAAAAAACUACCUUUUUAUAAUGCACAAGUGUUGACGGCAGGCUGUAUAGUGUUUAGUCUGUGUAGUUAAUUUAAUUUGCUUUUUGUGCGGCAGAGCGAUCUGCCCAGAUACUUGAACACUGUUUUAUUGUGGUAAUUAUGUUUUGUGACUCAAACUUAUGUGAUGGGUGAUGCACCCGUUGUGAUUGUGAAAGCUAGAAUUCGAUUUGAACUCAGGUUGUUUAUGAGGGGAGAAAGCAGUUGCAUAGGGGUAUAGCUCUGUAGUGGAAUAUGUCUUCUGUAUAACUAGGCUGUUAACCUUUGAUUGUAAACUAGCUGUAAGGAUUUCCCAGUGAAAUAAAAUUUUAAAAAAAGAAAAGAAAGGGUUCUCCUGGACGCAUAGAUUCAUGGUUUUCUCCAUUUUUGAAAUGCGGACAUUUUAGUCUCUACAGGCUCUAUAGACCUGUCUUGUCCAUUGUGUAUAUAUAAUCCACAUAUUAAAGAAAAAGUAAUCAAACAAGUUUGAAUAUUGUUUUUGCACCAAACAGUGAGGAAACUUGGAGCUAUACGUAUGUGCAGAAGGUUACUACCUAUGGUUUACGUUUAAUUUUAAUUGGGGGAAAAUGAAUGCUUAUUGUAAUGGAGUUAAUUUUAUUGAUAAUAAAUUAUACACUAUGAAACCGCCAUUGGGCUACCGUAGAUUUGUAUCCUUGAUGAAUCUGGGGUUUCCAUCAGGCUGAACGUACACUGUAUAUUUUGCAAGAGUUACCUCAAGGCCUACUGACCAAAUUGUGUUGAAAUACUUAACUUUUUGCCAAAUAAAAUAUUGAUCCUUUUCUAA